UUAGGAGUGCAAGAUAGUAGUCUGCUACUCUUAUCAGUUUAUUCGCUUGCACAAUGUCGGGAGUCCUAUCGCACGCGAUCACGUGGUUCAUAGAGGAGGUGGCGGCGAGGGUGGUGGCGCAGACCAGGAUACCCACCGACAGGCACCACGUCGGCAAGAUGCUGCUGCAGAACCUGAAGGACGCACCGGACUUUGUGUUACAGAUAGAUGGCGCUACCGGCGAGACUCACACAUACAAAGACGGCAUGGACCGCUCCAUAAAGUGCGCCACAGCGCUGAAGAACCUCGGUCUCAAAGUGAAUGACGUCAUAGCCGUGAUGGGCCCGAAUUGUCUGGACCUGCCCAUCACGCUGCAGGCGGGCACAUACCUCGGGGUGACGGUAGCCGGCUUCGAUAACAGAUACAGUAUUAGUGAAUUCAGCGGUUUGUUCCAGCAGUGCCCGCCAAAGGUUGUCUUCUGUCCUAGUGCCAACGUAAACAACGUCCAGAAAGCCCUCGAGGGUCUGAACAUAGAAGCACUUAUUGUCACUUUUGACAAAUCCGAUAACACACAGUUAUUGAACUACCAACAGUUCCUUGACAAAUAUUCGGAUAAUACGCCUGCGGACAAAUUCACGCCAAACGAUUUUGACCCGUCGGAAGUGAACAGCAUCAUAGUGUCGACGAGCGGCACCACCGGCCUGCCCAAGAUCACCCCGGUCACACACAAACAGAUGAUGAUCGCGAUCCCUAUCGCAUUCGCAGUAUUCGACACGUUCCCGACUCCCACGGAGCUGGUGCUGUGCAUGUCGCCCAUACAGUGGAUAUCGGCGCACAUAUUAAUUGUGUUGUCGGUGCUGACGCGCUUCCCCGUCGUCUACACCUCGCAGCCCAUCACCCCCCACCACAUGUACGAGCUGAUCAACAAGUACAGGCCAACGUUCAUGAUAUUGAGUCCGACGUUCCUGACGACGCUGCUGAAGCCGGGCCAGAGCGAGCAGUGCGACUUCUCCAGCCUGCGCACCGUCUUCGUCGGCGGCAGCGCCGUCUCCGCUGAGCUGGUUGCUGUCGCAAAGAAAGCGGCUCCGAACGCACGAUUCUACGCGCCGUACGGUCUGACGGAGUGCGCCGGCAUGGUAUUCUCGGGCGAGGAUCCCACGGGCAAGUCGUCCGGCCGGGAAAUUGGACAUCUCAAGUAUAGGCUUGUGGACCCAGAAACUGGCAAGGACAUCACGGAGCCCGACGUACCUGGAGAGCUGUGGCUGAAGGGUCCUACAGUUUUUAAGGGGUACUACAACAACCCCUCGGCGAACGCGUCGGCGCUCACACCAGACGGGUGGCUGAAGACGGGCGACAUCUUCCACCGCGACGCCGACUACCGCUACCACUUCGUCGACAGACUCAAGCUGCUGCUCAAGUACAGGAACCACCAGAUCUCCCCGGUGGAGAUAGAGAAGGUGAUAAUCAAGCACCCGGGCGUGCUGGACGUGGCGGUGACGGGCAUCCCCGACGCCGAGGAGGGCGACAUCCCCGUCGCCUGCGUCAUCCCGCAGGACGGCUGUCACGUCACCGCGCAGGAGAUCAAGGACAUGGUUAAAGAGGAGCUAUCAGACAUCAAGCAGCUGAGAGGAGGUGUGGUGUUCCUGCAGGAGUUCCCCCUCACCUCCUCCUCCAAGGUCGACAGGACCAAGCUCAAAGCCAUGGUCAGAACAAUGGACAGACAGUAGGAUAAUACAACCAUUAUAAUAUUAUUAUGUAUCACGGCCUUUACACUUCGGCUCUCGGGUCAUGAUGGACAAUCACAGUAAUCGAUUAAUUUUGCAUUCAAUUCGAAUUUGAAAUGUCAUAUUAAUUUUUAAGAUUUCGAUUGCGAAGUUAAAAAGAGUAGUUGAGUCUUUCGCCCAAAAAAUUUCGUCCCAAUGGGACGAUAGACUAGCUAUAAGAAUUUUUUCAUCCAGCCCUUCGUCCGUAUACUUGGGGACACAGAAAUAGAUCAAGAUCUUGAUAUAUUAUGUCUGUGCUUGGGGAGGAAAGACUCAACUGGUCGUUAAAAAUACAA